AUGGUGGUCUUCAACGGCCAGCUGAAGAUCAAGAUCCGCGAGGCUCUGGAGCUCAAACCGACGGCUUGGUCUCUGCGUCACGCCGUCGGCCCCAAGACCCAGACCUUCCUCCUGGACACGUACAUCGCCCUGAACGUGGACGACUCCCGAGUGGGUCAGACCUCCACCAAGCAGAAGACCAACAGCCCCGCGUGGCAUGAUGAGUUCACCACGGAGGUCCACGACGGCCGCAGAAUCGAGCUGUCCGUCUUCCACGACGCGCCCAUCGGCUGCGACGACUUCGUGGCCAACUGCAUCAUCCAGUUCGAGGACAUCCUGCACGACGGCAGCAAGCACUUCGAGAACUGGAUCGAGCUGGAACCAGAGGGGAAGGUGUAUGUUGUUAUCGACCUAUCAGGAUCUUCCAGCGAAGCUCCAGCAGGCUCCACAGAGAAUGAGGAGCGUGUGUUUCGGCAGCGGAUGGGUCCCAGGAAGCGUCAGGGUGCCGUCCGCCGGAGGGUCCAUCAGGUCAACGGACACAAGUUCAUGGCCACCUACCUGAGACAGCCCACCUACUGCUCCCACUGCAGGGACUUCAUCUGGGGCGUCUUAGGAAAACAGGGCUACCAGUGUCAAGUGUGUACCUGUGUGGUCCAUAAGCGCUGCCAUGAGCUGAUCAUUACCAAGUGUGCAGGGAUGAAGAAGCUGGAGGACACCGUGGAGGAGCCAGUCGGUUCUCAGAGGUUCAGCGUCAACGUGCCGCACAAGUUCAGCAUCCACAACUUUAAAGUGCUCACCUUCUGCGACCACUGUGGCUCUCUGCUCUGGGGUCUGCUGCGACAGGGGCUCCAGUGUAAAGUGUGUAAGGUGAACGUACACAGGCGCUGUGAGAGUAACGUAGCUCCUAACUGUGGCGUGGAUGCCAGAGGAAUCGCUAAAGUCCUCUCUGACCUCGGAGUCACACCCGACAAGAUCUCCAACAGCGCCCAGAGACGGAAGAAACUCCUGCAGGGUCAGGAGCCUCAGCAGUUCUCAGGGACGCCGAAGACAGAAGAGGAUCGCUCGAGGUCCGCCCCCACCUCCCCGUGCGACCAGGACGUGAAGGAGCUGGAGAACGUGCGGAAGGCUCUGUCCUUCGACCACCGUGGAGAGGAGCGCAAAACACCCCCCCUCUCUUCCCCCUCAUCUGUCACUCCGGCGACGGGGGGAGGUGGAGUCGGUGCGGGGGGCGAAGGAAACCGGGAGAACGGAGAGGUCAAAGGUCACAUCGCUCCCGAGAUGAGAAGGAUGAAUUUGCAUGACUUUGUGUUGAUCAAAGUUCUGGGGAAAGGAAGCUUUGGAAAGGUGAUGCUGGCGGAGCUGAAAGGCAGCGACGAAGUUUACGCCGUCAAAGUGCUGAAGAAAGACGUGAUCCUGCAGGACGACGACGUGGACUGCACUCUGACCGAGAAGCGCAUCCUGGCACUCGCCAGAAAACACCCGUACCUGACCCAGCUGUACUGCUGCUUCCAGACUAAAGAUCGCUUGUUCUUCGUGAUGGAAUACGUUAACGGAGGCGACCUGAUGUUUCAGAUUCAACGAUCGAGGAAGUUCGACGAGGCGAGGUCUCGUUUUUACGCGGCUGAGGUCACGUCCGCUCUGAUGUUCCUGCACCGGCAUGGAGUCGUAUACAGAGACUUGAAGUUGGACAACAUACUGUUGGAUGCGGAGGGUCACUGUAAGCUGGCAGACUUCGGGAUGUGCAAGGAGGGAAUCCUCAAUGGAGUCACCACCACCACCUUCUGUGGGACGCCAGAUUACAUCGCACCCGAGAUCCUUCAGGAGCUGGAUUACGGCCCGUCGGUGGACUGGUGGGCUCUGGGGGUGCUGAUGUAUGAGAUGAUGGCAGGCCAGCCACCGUUUGAAGCUGACAACGAAGACGACCUGUUUGAGUCCAUCCUCCAUGACGACGUCCUCUACCCCGUCUGGCUCAGCAAGGAGGCUGUGUCCAUCCUUAAAGCGUUCAUGACUAAGAGUCCUAACAAGCGUCUGGGCUGUGUGCUGGCUCAUGGUCUGGAGGAGGCCAUCAAGCUCCAUGUGUUCUUCAGAGAGAUCGACUGGACGCUGCUGGAGCAGAGGAAGAUCAGACCACCAUUCAAACCACGCAUCAAAACCAAAAGGGAUGUGAAUAACUUUGACCAGGACUUUACACGUGAAGAACCCAACCUGACGCCGGUGGAGGACAACAUCAUCAAGCAGAUCAACCAAGAUGAGUUUAAAGGAUUCUCCUACUUUGGAGACAAGACUGUGGCCUAAACACACACACGAUUAACAACAUGCGUACACACCACACCUAAAGAAAUCUUCAAGCAAAGAUGAAAUGUUUAAAGAAACACGGCCUCUGGAAUGAGACAUCCUGAACUUUUCCAGAUUCUGACCACUCCUGGAAUUAUACUCGACCAUCUGUAUCUCUCUCUCUCUUUGGUUUCUGUGCUCUUGUUGUUUGUCCUCGUGUGCAUAUGCAAACCAACUAUAUGUUCAAGCAGCAUGUAAGAGCAGAUCAGGUGCUGUAAGAAAUGCUCCUUCACAUGGUCCAGAUGUAUUUCUGACGCAGGUAAAAAAGCAGUGGAUAAAAGCAAACUGUGUUUUCAGGGGGGUGUUUGGAAGUCGACAAGAUCACAGGCUGUUAGUGUGUGUGUGUGUGUGUGAGAGAGAGAGAUAAUGUGAGUUCAAGCGUGCAUGCAUGCAUAGUUGCAUACCUCUAGAAAGAGUAAGAGUCCUUUCUGUACAUGUUCUGUGUCUAUUUCCGUGUUUAAAGAAUGUUUUUUCUUCCCAGAACUUGUAUGUGAAUGGGGAACAAAAUGGAACCAAUGAUUGUAUUUAAAGAACAGAACGAUCUUGAAAAGUACUAUUCGUUAUAAAAAGAGAUGUCAAAAGGAGACGCAAACUAAGAUUUCUUUGCCCCGGGUGAAAUCAUGAUGGAGUCAGAGGCUUCGUCAGUGUUUUAAGAGUCAAACUGGGAUAUUUAAUGUUAACUUAAGAAAAUGCACCACAAAAGCGACACUUUGGCAUUUUGAAAUUGUAGUUUUAUCUCAGCACUUUUUUUCCUAUUAGAGAGAAGGGUGUGUGUGCUGUUUCCCUUCUCUCUCCACAUGUUAGUGUGUUAGUAUGUCAAUGGUACCAUCAGCCGUCAACCACACUCACAGUAACUUACCACUGGGAGCGUGCAUUGUUGUAGUGAGGUAUGCUUGCAGUGUGAACAAGCUGUGUUCCAUGUGACUUGAUGUUUGACAUUGAGACAUUUGUCCAAUGAAGCAAAAAUAACUGAAAUCUUAAAUGUCAAUUGAGCCCUUUAAAAAGUUACUGAAACUCUUCUGCAGCAACAUCUCUCGAGAUCAACUCCUUAAAUCCCUUCAUGUGUGUGUGUGUGUGUGUGUGUGUGUGUGUGUGUGUGUGUGUGUGUGUGAUGUGAUGCAGACACUUCAGAGCCUCCUCCUCCUCUUUGUGCAACCAUGGAGGUCUAAAUAAGCUGAGGUGUAGAUGCAUGUGGCAGGACAGCUUUAGGACUUUAUAGUGAACUGAAAAUAAUCCAAACAUCUUCAAGAGAACUCCACGUGCAAUACUCUUUGUUUGUUUGAUUAGUUUCUUCUUUCUUUCCACAGACAGGUACACAGAAGGCUACUGUACAGUUAGCUUGCAAGUAUUGGGAGUAGAAGAUGUAUUAGAUACAGUAGCUGUAAGAAGACACUCACUCACUAAACACACACACACACACACACACACACACACACACGUAUGGAUCACGGUGCAGAUUUCAAACGGUUUUACUGCCAAUCAACUUCCACGACACCAUGUUUGUGCUGUCCACCAUUCUUCUUCUCUUAAAGUGUCUCCUGCGGGUCUUUGUCCCACCGCGACCCACCACGGAUGUUCUCCCAGAAGUCCUUGAUGCUGAAUGCCAAAUGCUAGUUUCAGAUGCUCCUCCCACAAUCCCUUUAGUUCGAAGUGUGUUAAAGAGAGCAGUUCGUUUGAACACAUCGCUGCAUGAGGUAGAUUUCAACAAUGGAAACAGUAUUAUGAUUUUACUUACAGUAUGAAACAUUCAUCUUCCUCGGGUCAUAUGCAGAAUGUUACUGUAUGUACAUGUUGUUUAUUUGUGAAGCUUUGUUUGUACUUUGUUUCUUCUGUGUUUUUUUUAUGCCCUUCAUUUGUGUUUAUGUCGAUAUUUUCUUCUGUUACGCUGCGUGCCAAAUGUACUGUAUUUUAAAAGGAUGUGAAGGUGUAUUUUAAUUUUUGAAACAAAUUAAAUAUCAUGUCAGAAAGAGAUUUCUGUUUGUUUUAUGUAUCCUCUCCUCCUCGCUGCUGGGGUUUGAAAUAAACCUUUAAAUGUC